AUGACUACUGAGAGUACUGAAGAAAAAAAGUCUUCAAGAAAGAGGAAAAACGUAUCUGAAGAGACUAAACCUGAAGGACCUUCCCUUCCUAAACUUAAAGAAUUUUUGGCCAACGCUGGUAAUCUUAAAGUGGUGAUCAAUCGACCUUCUCACGUAAAAGAGGAUCACGACGAUUCUGAUACUAAGGAGACCAAAGGUACAAAGAGUAAGGAAGCCAAAGAUAAAGAAGGACCUGAAGAAGAGGAGGAAAAAGAAAUUGAAAGCACUGGAUCUCCAGAAGCUUCAAAAAAUGGAGAAAGUAAGACCGACGUUGGAAGAACUACUUUGUUCACUUUUGAUGCCAAACCUCGUAAGUUCGCUACCAACGCUUAUGGUUGGUCGGAAAAUAUUACGAAAGGGAAAAUCAAAAUUGAAAUCGAUGGAAAUGAAGUUGAAUUACCAGUUACGGUCAAUUUAAAUAUUACUGUUCACAAUUCCAAGAAAUAA